UCCACGAGGUUAACAUUUCGGUAACUAUACCUCGGCUCUACCAACACACGCCCGAAAAACUGCAUGGGAGAGGCGCAGCGAACCGCGCGCGAAUCAAGUGCUUUGCCCAGUCGCGUUCCCAAUCACUCUACGACUAGGUAGUCCCGGUGUCCAAAGCCCCGUGUCAUCGCACGACCACAACUACGAACAUACGACUGAGACGACUCGUUUCUGCGAGGACGAGUAUAUAACGAAAGGUGGAUAAAUAUAAAUAUAUAUAUACAUAUAUGUAUAUAUAUAUAUAAAGUAAAAAAAAUAUUAAUAGAAGUCGGUGAAGAUCGAUAGAUCGUUUCUACGGGGCUUGGGAUCCAGCAUAGUAGGAAAUAACCCCGGAAGAUAAGAUCGAGCACGGAAAGGAUCCUUGUGUUACGAUUACUAUAUAACGGACAGGUGGACGAAGGAGAGAAUAAGGACGCGCGUGAUAAGGACAUCGCCAUCGUGGAAACAUACACGAGGUAUCGAAUCGUUUACCACGAGGUGCCACGGGGAGCCAUCCGAACGUCCUUGGGGAGAUAAAGGGCAAACACGUAUAAUUGAUCCUACGACGUGGACUAUCUGUGGGCGACCUAGACGACGUAGACGUGGACCUCGACCGAGGACGAUUAGGUGUACCGCCAAUAAAGUACAACGUAAUAAAUACGCGGAGCAGAAGUUAGCCGGGACUAUAAAGGAGGGUUUCCGUGUGGUUUUCCGUUCAUCUAUAAGGAUCCUCCCAGCUGUUCCUGCUGACAUGGAUGCACUACUGGAUUCGCCUGCAGCUCACCUGCAGGACGAGAGCCGUCGUGAGGACUGAGACGAGUCCCCAAGGUACAAACUACGAAGGCACCACGCAGGACAAACGCGAGACACAACACGCUUCGAUUCGCCGCCACGAUCCAAGGUGAACAGACAUAACGAUGGUAGAUACGCAACACUUUUGCCUGCGAUGGAACAAUUACCAGAGCAGCAUUACGUCAGCCUUUGAGAAUCUGCGAGAUGACGAGGACUUUGUGGACGUCACCUUGGCCUGUGACGGCAAAAGUCUCAAGGCUCACCGGGUUGUCCUCUCGGCAUGCAGCCCCUAUUUCCGCGAGCUGCUCAAGAGCACACCGUGCAAACACCCGGUGAUAGUGCUCCAGGAUGUGGCGUUCAGCGACCUCCACGCCUUGGUCGAGUUCAUCUACCACGGCGAAGUGAACGUGCAUCAGCGUUCGCUUAGUAGCUUCCUCAAAACUGCAGAGGUCCUGAGGGUGUCCGGCCUCACUCAACAGGCUGACCAAACGGACAGGGACGAGCUUUCCCAUGUUCGAGCUCUGGCGGCUGGUGGCAACCAUAUACCCUCCCACGAGAAACUGCCUGACGAAGGCUUCCCUAGGGGUGGUUCGCCACCGACGCCCGCUACGCCGACACCCACCACCGUUCAGCAGCUGCUACGUCGGGCUCAGAUACGUCGGAACGAAAGGCGCACCCCCGAUCCUCACGAUGAGAACAUCAAGAGAUCCAGGGUGCCGUCGCCGCCGCUCAACAACAACGACGCGACACCCACCGACUUUUCCAUGGUGAAGAAUAAUCAUCUAUCGGCGAAGGUCGAAGGGAAUGGUCUUAACGAAGAGAGCAGUCCUGUGACGGAUAAUAUAAAGUGCGAACCGUUGGAAUUGACCGGGGGUAACGGCGGCAUUGCCGGGAACAACGAGGAUUCCUCGGACUCCGGUGCGGCGGCGUCGGACAGACCGCCGGCGUCCGCGAGUAGCAACGAACACGAACCGGAACCGGAACACCCACCGACGCCCAAUUUCCUGCCCGAGAGUAAACUCUUCACCUCGACGCCGGGAAGCUUCAAUUUUAGCAUGGCUGCACUCACCACAGACCAUUCACCCUUGUCAGUGAAAUUUCCAGGGCUUGGCCACGGGUUGCAGACGCCGGACCUCGCAGGCACUUCGCAAGGUCUGUUGGCCGGCAGCGGCUCGACCGAUGAGUUUCGAUGCGAGCCUUGCAACAAAAACCUGACCUCCCUAACUCGGUUGAAGCGACACAUACAGAACGUGCACACCAGGCCGAGCAAGGAACCGAUCUGUAACAUCUGCAAGCGGGUUUACUCCAGUCUGAACAGCCUGCGCAACCACAAGAGUAUCUACCAUCGGCAGCACUCGAAAAACGAACAGCAGAGGAAGGAGGAGGAGCAACAACAGCAACAGCAGCAACAUCUACAGCAACGUCAGCAACAACAACAAUCGCACAUGGGAUGAGAUGAAACGCUGAAGCUGAACGCUCAUUGGAUCGGUUCCUUGAAUCGUGAGACCGUUCGUCCGACUAGGGUUGGCUCGUUCCGUCAUCGUCUAGGAUCCGAGAGAUAGACAUGACAUAUGACACGGCGUUUUAUUCAGCGAGAGGACUAGAGCCUCCUGAUCGUGAAAAAAGUUCAACUAGUUAAGUUAUCUAAGGCUUUGUAUAUAUUUGAUGCGAGUAUGACGGAUUCUUUCUUGUUGUCGGUUUCAUUUUUUUUUAAUGUUGUCCUCCUCUUUGGACUUUUUUCUCUCCUUGUAACUUGCGAACUCUCGUGAAAUUUAUUUGUUUCUAUCCGCGUCUUGUAUAUAUGCCCUUAUUAAUUCACGUUGCUGAUCGCGUUUAAUGUGGAGAUUGUCUACUGUUUCCCUUUUUUUUGCGUUCUUUCCUUCGUUAAGAGAAAAUGGGGUGGGUGAAGAUAGUCCACAGCUGCAGUACAAACGAAUGAAGCGAAUUAAACAAGCCUAUGCAUACUACUUUAUUACUAGGGUAAUUUUUUAUGUCUUGUUCAAUAUAUUACUCUUUUAAUUUUUCGAAAACUUUAUGCGUCACUUUAGUUAUUGAAGUUUAUUAUUUUUUCUCGAAACUUUGUCACUACUUCGACUUGGCCAAAAUCGUAAGACUGUUGAAAAAAUUAGGGGCUGUUUGAUCGCUUACGACAAUUUCUAAUUUGAUUUUAUUAAUCGAAAACGAUUAAUUGCGAAUAUAUCUUGAGCCUCAGGUAAUUGUUGUUAUUAUAUAUUCCGAGUAUUCUGUAAUUAUCAUGGCUAAAUGGAUCUAUCUCUCGCAACACUCGAAUUUGCGUUUCGAUUUCAAAUUCCUUGUUAAAAUUUUUUUAUUUUCUCAUAACCGGUUUCUUAGCUCGUCGACAUCAAACAAUUUUCAUUCCGCUUUUAUAUAUUCACGUGUAACGCGUCUUCGCGCGUGGAAAUCGACAUUAAGCACAAUCUACACGUCAAGCUUUAUCGAAAGUUGUGACAUUGGCAAGACAACUUUUAAUAGCAGAGGAGCAUUAGUAUGGCAGGUCUAUAACUGUAAAUAGGUUCGCAAGAUUUUUGGCGAAUAUUGUAAAUAGAACUUUUUAUACCUGAGUUACGAUAUAAUAUAUUUUUAUUACUAAUCUUCGUUUUUUGGGGGCCAGGGUAAAAAAACACGUUUCCAUUGUACUCACGCACGUUGUUUCUCAUUAUUUAUGAAUAAACAUUUUUUUUAUACGGAAAAACAAACAAGACUUACAGAUUUUACUUAAGCAUUGAUCCCGUCUACUCUAUUUCUUUCUUCACCCCAUAUACUCUACUGUUAUUUACACUUUUCUUUUUGAAAAAAUUAAUGCCAAGCGUCAUUCAAUACAGUGUGUAAAAUAGUAUUAGUCCCAUUUAAAGUUUAGGACAAGUUCUCUCGACUUGGCAUUGAAUGGCACGUUGACAAGGUUGAUAUUCUUCGAAACGCGUUAUGCCAUCCAUUGUUACGAACUUGGUUUAGCCCCUUUCUAUUAUCAAGUCAGCCCGAUAUCUGGUGUAUUCUGAAGAGGCAGCGCAAUGGCGACGAACUGCGGACGAAAAAGUAAGUUCAGCUCACAUAACCGGUGCAGCCGGCGCAGCUAGUGCAACGAGCACAGUUAACUGUAACGUAAGCUUAAAAAUCUCAGAAUACAUCGGAAUCAGGUGCUUUCGUGAGAGACUAUUGACAAUGAUCCCUUAUUAUCAUAGACACUAUUCAUAUCAUAGGAUCUAGCUUAUUCGACUAUAUAAGAACUUAAAAUAGGGUUACCAAUCGUGAAGCACUGACUUGACUUAACAAUUAGCUGGCAAUUUUUAGAUAUUAUAUACGACAAAUGGCUCAAUAUAAUAACACUGAAGAAUAUCUAAUACUAUAGACCUCCUAUAAAUAUACGUAUAGUAUAUACUAUACACUAUACAUAUACUGUACAAGGUUAUUCACGGAAAACGCACCAGCUGAAAUUGGCCGUGAAUGAAUGAUUUUAUGAAUCAAAGCAGAGUGGCAUUAUUAAAGAAAUGGAAGUUGACGUCAUAACAUUGCUAAGAUCAUGAAUUUCACAUUCUUUUAUUUGUAUAACAAGACCACACUGCCUGAAUAAAAAAAAUUGUUCAAUGACGUCCAACUUCAGCUGGUGCAUUUCCCGUGAAUAACCCUAUAUACGCACACUAGUAUACAUAUUUGAA